CGUUGCGCCGUAAUUAAAGUAACGAAAAGUUUCUCGAGCAAAGGUUUAACACGAGCUGCACCGCAGUAACCGUCGAUUAACCCGCAUUGUCGCAUGCAUUUUGCUUGAAAAGUCUUGCACCAUUUAAAUUGAAAUUAGGAUACGAGGCUGCCUUCUUGCCUCGAGAAAUGGAAAAACAAUUGAGGCGAGGUGCGAUGCGUGAAACGAGACGAUCUAUUUUGGAAAGGGCAUUUCUGUAAAUAGCAUCGAAUUUUGGUUUCUUGUGAUCGGUCCCGCGUACGGAAUAAAAUUGACGGAUCGAAGUAUAAUGCAGGUCUGGCUCGACAUAUGAUCAAAUUAAAGCCAUGCGACGACAGUUCGUUUAGAAUAAUGCGAUACGCCGGUCAUGAACCUCAUCGAACGCAGCAACAAACGUCCUUUGAUGGUGGAGCGCGAGAUCGAAGCCGGCGAUACGAAGAAGAGUUACCCGAUAAACAACGAGAUCACCAGUGAAUCUGAUUCCAGUGCCGAAGUGCGAUCAUGUAAAACAGUGUAUAGAAACCGGUGCAAGAAACUCGUGGUAUCUGAUACUUCGUUUAACGUCCUUCCAUCUACCGAUUCGACUAAAAAUGAUCGGGAACCGAUUGCUUCUAAAUGUUUCGCUGAUAAAAAGGACGACAAAGAUUUGUCGUUCGUGGAGACCGACGUGGAGUCGCGAAAGGGAGGAACUUCGAUCAAGGCGAAGAAAAAGAAAAAACGGAGGUACAGUAGUUUGUUAUCAAAGAAAUCGAAAAUAUCAUUCUUCGCCUUCCUCUUUGUUUUCUCGUAUUUGUUAGAUGUUUACGAUUACAGAUACUUGACAAUAUGCACGAGUAAUUGCAAAUACGACGCGGUGAGACGAGUGGCGGCUCGUUUCGGGAUGAAAGAAGUUACCGAGGAUAGCAGCUGGAACCUUUACUGGACAGACUUGAGCGUGAGCGUGGAACGAGCGAAAGAUAUGAAAAGAUAUCAGAAGGUCAAUCAUUUUCCAGGAAUGACAGAAAUCUGUAGAAAAGAUUUGCUUGCUCGUAACUUGAAUCGUAUGCUGAGGCUUUUUCCAAAGGACUACAAUUUCUUCCCCAAGACAUGGUGUUUUCCCGCAGACCACGGAGAGGCAAUAGCCUAUGCUAAAUUGAGACGCUCCAAAACUUUCAUCAUCAAGCCUGACACAGGCUGUCAAGGGCGCGGCAUUUAUUUGACAAAAAACUUAAAAGAUGUUAAACCCAGCGAGCGAAUGAUCUGCCAGGUUUACGUGGCUAGGCCCUUCCUGGUGGACGGCUACAAAUUCGAUCUUCGUAUCUACGCGUUGCUCACCUCGUGCGAUCCCCUUAGGAUUUACGUCUACAACGACGGUCUUGCGAGGUUCGCCACGAGCAGAUACAAGGAACCAACCGGUCACAAUACGUCCAACGUGUUUAUGCACCUAACGAAUUACGCUGUCAAUAAGCACAGCCGAAUGUAUGUAAUCGACGAUGAAAUUGGUAGCAAAAGGAAAAUAUCCACUCUGAACAAGUGGUUUAAGAUGAAGGACGUCGACGUGGAUGAACUAUGGCGUAAGAUCGAUGAGAUUAUUAUAAAAACGAUUUUGGCAGCACAUCCUGUUCUGAAGCAUAGUUAUCACACGUGUUUUCCAACGCACGAUAAGACCUACGCUUGUUUCGAGCUACUGGGCUUUGACGUGUUACUCGAUUGGAAGUUGAAACCAUAUCUUUUGGAGGUAAAUCACUCGCCGAGUUUUCAUACGGACGCACAAAUCGAUAAGGAUGUGAAGGAAGGUCUGCUGAUGAGUACGUUCGAAAUGUUAAAUUUACAGCAAUGCGACAAGAAGAAAAUUAUUGAAGAAGAUAGAAAGCGAGUUAGGGAUAGAUUGCUUCAGGGAAUAAACACAAAGGACGGCAGUACGAAUGAUUCGACGGUCGGCACAACGAAGCUUGACAAACCGGAGGAAGACCUGCAGAAGCAAUUUAAAUGGGAGGACGAGCAUAUGGGCAAUUUCCGCAGAAUCUAUCCAUGUUGCGACAGUGAAAGGUACGAGCCAUUCUUUAAACAAAGCAGCAUUUCCGUGUAUCAAGAUACCGCGGCAUCCAGAGCUCGGGAAGAAGCGUCAAGGAUUCAAAAGGAGGAAAACGAGAUGAAGAUAAAGGAACAAGAAAGCAAGAAGAUUUCUGGCAAAUGGAGCGAUUCGAAAUUGCAUUCAGAGAGUCCAAACGUAACGCAAAAGUCAACAACGACGCACGAUCAGGAUAGGAACAAAUGUGCGAAUGUAUCGAGAAGGAAUUCUUCCCAUUCGAAUACAAAGAAGCAGGCAAUUUCGGCUACUAAUACUUCACACUCGUUCGAGCCAGAGAUCAUUUGCGAAUCUGAGGAAAGAGAACGCGUUACGGCAUUGGCUCAACGAGAUUUCCUGAUCAAGAGUUACGGAAUGUUGGAGCAAAUCUAUAUGGCAAUGAAAAAGAACGGUACGUUGCGAGCUAUCGACGAGAAGAAGUACGGAUUGUAUGGAAAACUCGGAUAUGCGGAUAGUACGAGCAAGAGCGCGUCUAUUUGUAGGCACAAGUGUCAUCUUCAUCAGCAUUCUGGAAUGGAAACUAGAGUCGAACCGUGGACGAGUCAAUCGCCACAAUUUUGCCUGAAAGCAAGUAAAGUAGAUAAUGUUCCAUGAAAUUAAUUAGUUAUUAUUUGUAAGUUUAUAUAAAUAUGUUUUGUUUGUUUUCCAUAGGGUAAAGUGCCGGAUAAUAAUUUUCUAUUUACGGGUUUAAAAGAUAAGAAAUUAUUAUGUGCGAGGUGAGGUAUACGUUUGAGUGUCAUGAGUACAAAGUACAAAAGCAGUUUCUUCGAAUUACAGAUUUCAAAGUAAUUUGUAACGAGGUGCCGGUUUAUAUUCGACCGAGGAUACCGGAGAAAUUUUGGAUGGAUAAUCUAAAUUCGAACGAUCAAAGCUGUCGAAUAACGAAGGCCCACGUGGCCCGUACCUUAUCGAAUAUCGUGCGCCUUCAUACACUUGAAAAACGUGGAGAGUUCAACUCGUCGAAAUUUUAACAAAUGUACGUCGCGAUUCAUGAAUUCAAAAACACAAUGAGAUUAGAUAUAAAUUUGAAAACGUUUGUAUUUUACAAUUACUUUUUUUAAGCAAUCUCUAACGAGUGAUUUGUUAAUAUCAAACUGUAUACUUCAUGUUAAAGGAAAAAGAUUCCCCAUAUUUAAAAGUAAUAAGUCCAAAGACUAAUACGUUAAACUAUGAAAAUAAAUUGUUAAUUUGAAUCACUUCAAAAAGAGGGAUUAUUGUAAACUUCAACUAUGUUUCGAUUAACGGAUGGCAUUUCGCAAGAUAUAUACAAGAAUAAUUUAAAAAUCAACAUAUAUGGAUUUGUUAUUUAAAGUGACAUAUAAAUAUGUACACACACACGCGCGCGCACAUACACACAUACACACACACACAAUGAUUGAACAUAUACACGCUUCGGUAAUCGAAAUUUUCAUCGCACAUCUUGAUUGUGUAUCCUAAUAAUGACAUACGUAUAUACAUGUAACGUGCCUGCAAUAUGUAUAAUAAUGUUUAUCGUUGAUGCGAUAUACAUACACGCUAUACACACAUGUAUCUGUGAUGUAUGCAUAUAUGUAUGUAAGCAUUCACAUGAUAAAAAAUAAUCUAUGAACAAUUUUGGCGUGUAUACCUUUCGAUCAUAAUGACACGUAGACAUUUCUUUUUCUAUUAAUGUGAGACAUUGUUGUCAAUUUGUAUGCCCUGCAUUGUUUCUUUUUUUAAUUUCUUCCGUUUUCAAUAGUUUUUUUUUAUCAAUGGAACCACAGCUUUCAAUUAAAAAUCAACUAUCGAUUCGUCGCGACACGUUUCUUGAACGCUUAUUCAAAAUACAGGAGCGUUAAGAUUAAUAAUGAAUGAAAAUUCAAUUACCAAUGUUAGAUAUUGAUCUUGUACAAAGUAAUAAUACAAUAAUCAUAAUAAUAGUACUUAAUUGAUAAUAGUCCAGAAUAACAAUAAUGAUAAUAAUAAUAAGGUGCUGCAUUCAAAUCGCGUGUUCAAACGCUCAGGUUUUCCUUAAAACUCAAAUAAUAAUCGAGUCCUUAAUUUAGAUGUAAAGUGAUUGUCUAGGGAAGGAAUAGGAACCAUUACCUUCCCCUAUCGUCAUUACAUGUGUCUCGGCAAAAAUAAAAAAUGACCCGAUAAACGCAUAUAACGCAUUCUUGGCUCGAUUUAACACGAUACAGAAGAUAUUUACAAAUCUGAUACAAUAAAUUGAUAAGUAUUAUAGUCAUUAUACGCGCGAAUUUAAUGUCGCUUUGUUACUAUCGCUUACCUUCGAAAGAGUGUAAAUGACCUAUGUACAUAAAUGAAUACAUACAAAUUCGAUAAAAUUUUACAAAUGUUUAAAGAACAACGAAAGAGUCGAAUAUUUGGAUAUUUAUGUAAUAUCGUAUUACAUAAGCGGUGCCUAUUUUCGUGAAAUCGUUGAUCUAUAAAUCGUCACGCUUUGAGUGUUACGAGAACGUCUCGGUUUUGAUGGUAAGAUAAAAGGCUGAAAAACAACGAGGUGACAGAAUUUGAAGGUAGUAUAAUGAGACAAACAUUCAGACACAUAAGAAAUGCAUUUGCUUUGAACAAAUUGUACAGGGAUUAAGCUACUGUUAAACAUAAGUUAAAGAACUUAUUCUUCCCAUUUAGACAUAAGGUUUCGUUCUUAGGCGUGCGUCAUGUUCAGUGAUCGCAUAACGGUUUCGUUCGCAAACGAUACAACUUACGUAAAUUACCUCUGAAAAAUAGAGCAGCUACUAGUAGUUACUUAAAUUACGAUUCAUUCGUUUGUACUAGAAAACCAUUAUCUUUGAUCCUUCAAAUACCUAGCAUCGUUCUCGAUUGCAUGCCCCCUCCCCCUCUCAACCGUCACGUCAAGUAAUAUUUCUCUUCUCGUUAUAUGCUUAAUCCCCUGCAUUCCCAUAUAUAAUUUUUCGUAAUAGAGAAAAAAAAGCAACGUUAACGCGCGAGAUCUUCAGCGUGCCCCCCUCCCCCUCGCCCCUCGUUCCGUCAUAACAUGACAAAAUAUAGGAUGAAGAUAUGUGAAGAUGGUAUUCUAUUCGUUGUAAUACUAAUAUGAGCAUUAUGUAGUUAUAGGAUCCUGUGUACAUUACUCAUGUAUAAUAUUUGUUAAAAAGGAUUACAAUAAAACAAGCUUAAAGCGUGAAUUAUACGGAGAGAAACUCGAGAGUUAAAGUUUAGAAGAAUAACUAGUUAACUCUGCCGUGUAUUAGAGAUACUAGUUAAUCUGAGAUAUUCUAGAAAUCUUCAAAGUCAGUCCUCCGUAUAACGCAGGCAUCAAGUAGUAAAAUGAUAACUGGCUAUAUUUAUAUAUAUAUAUAUAUAUAUAUAUAUAUAUAUAUAUAUAUAUAUA